CAAAUUAGUGUCCGAGUUUGUCUCUUCUCCCACGGUCUUAAAGAGCGACAUCCAUGCAAAAUCACCUCUCUAUUCUCUCUUUAAAGAUGUGUGCAAUGGCGCCAUUUCACUUGUCCCGCGUUUCAGAGGGUUGGACUUUGAUUUUCUUCUUUGAUCCAACCUUACCUUCUCUUCUUCUGGAAUGGGGCGGGUCAAGUUAAAGAUUCAAAAGCUGGAGAAUAGUACAGGCCGCCAAUCGACUUAUUCAAAAAGGAAGAAUGGUUUAACAAAAAAGGCUAAGGAGUUGGCUAUUCUGUGUGACAUUGAUCUUGUUCUUCUCAUGUUUUCACCUAGUGGCAAACCCUCAGUAUAUAAAGGACAGCGCAGUAGUAUUGAAAAGAUCAUAGAGAGGUAUUCACUUCAUACGCCACAAGAGAGAGCAAGAAGGAAACUGGAAAGCCUUGAAGCGUUGAAGAAGACCUUUAAGAAGUCUAAUCAUGAUGUGAAGAUACAAGAUUUUUUGGGUCCAAAUUACAUAUCCGUCGAGGAUUUGAGAUCCCAAGCAGAGUCUUUGCAUAUUCAACUUUCUGAAGCUCAGAAGAAAUUGAGUAACUGGACUAGUGUUGAUACCAUGGACAGCAUAGAAAAUCUGGGGCAAAUGGAACUCUUUCUUCGUAAUUCCCUUGAUCAACUUCAAACACAAAAGGUAAAUCUUGAGAAGCAACAACAGAUGGAUAUGCAGUACUUUAACAAGUUUCAAGAUGAUUGGCAUCCACCUUCGACCUUGGGUUACGAACAGCUUCAACCUUUGCAGUGGGUACCUAAUAGUCACCGUCAAGAAAUCACACCAAACAACUUGACCUCAUUUCCUCCAAGGGAACCGGAGUGCUCUGUGGGUACCUCCAUUGAGAACUAUAAGAAUAUAAUCAACAGGGGAGAAGGGGUAGUCACACCUAAAGAGUGGCAGCAAGACAACUUUCUAGCCGAGUUGAACAGCAGGGGAUCUAUGAAUUUACUGCCGAAUAACCAAUUCAAUUUUCAAGUGCAUGAACAGCUAAUACACCCAUCAAGCAACUUUGAUUUGUCAAAUGAUCAAGAUUUUUUACCAGUGGAACAGAUCAAUAUGCAAGCAAAUGCUAUGGAACCUCUUCCUUAUAGCAAACUCGAAGUUCCUCAAUCUGUCUAUGAUCCCUUUCACAAUAAUUGGGAUUCUAACACCGCAGGAACUUGUGGAACUGAAACAAUUGAAAAGCACUUGCUUCCACAGGCAAGUUCUUAGACAUUCACAUCUAAAUUGCAAGAUUUAUUUUGGCCACUUCCCUGUAAGAUUGCUUACAUUUUUUUGUUUGGUAAAAGUUAAAUUAGCUCUACUUCUGUACAAUGAAGGAAGAUGAAAGAAAAAUUACUAUUUUUCCAAACUCCCACCUUUCCUCUCGCGGAUCUUAGAGUUUGCAUUUUACACGAUCUUCUUUUUCUUGCUGAAUAAUCAGUAAUAAGUCAUGAACAUAUCUGUAAAUGAUUGUGCAUACUACUCCAUUGAAUUUGUUAAAUCUGAAUCCUGGUAGAAAAAGUCUCUUAUCAAUUUUUUUGAGGGUAACUUCUUUGAGUUCUCACAAGCAAUGUGUGUUUAUGCUUUGCAGUUCCAUUUUUCAUCUGAAGACAAUUGGAUGAAUGACCUGGACUAUAUGCUUUUGAAAGCUGCCCCUCAUUCCAGCUUAAUAAACCAACUUUGAUAGUGUCACUUGUACAUAUAUGUGAAAGCAUCUCAUAUUUCAGCUAGGCAGAUGGGUGACUUUUGUCAAUAACUUCCAUGCAAAUAUAGAACAUCUACAUGCUGCAGCUUACAAUGUGGUCACAACCAUGGCAAUGCAUGCAAGAUAGUCAGUACUGAGGCUGUUAUGCGGUCUUCUUUCAUGGGUAAUGCCAUUUCUCGCUGUUUCAUGAGAAGGCUGCUAUUUUCAUCAAUAUAGGAAUUUUUUUUAAGGAAAUAAGACGUUUUUAGUUAUAUAGUAGAUUGAAUUAGAAUCAAUCACCUUCUUUGCAAAAGUGUUUGAUAUAGCAGAGCUGGUUAUUUUGAAAUCAGUUGUUGCUAAACAUUGAAGAUGCCAAACUGAGGCAACAGAUAUUAACCCUCUCUUUUUCAUUUUUCCUUUUUGUUGCUAAAUAUUUAGCAUUUCUCCCUCUAUA